AGAGAAUCGGGGCCCCUGCAAGAAAGCCGCAGUCACUCACAUUCAAUCGCGUCCGCCAGUAUCAUACUCUGGACCUACAUCACAAUUAUAAACAUAUGGGACUGUACAACUCAACAAAAGCACAACCCCAACAUAAUUGACAAAUACGUACGGUUCUUCCGCCAUUUUUACAAAUUGUAGAUACUAUUCGAAAGUUCAGAAGCUAUAGAAUGUAUUUUGGAUGAUCAAAAAUAUCAAAAUAAGUCCUUUGUGGAGAGUUUGACAUGAAUAUUAGCAGAAGUUUCCCCCACAAGUUCUGGCAGAGAUACUAGUCGCAAAUGUUCUCCGACUGCUGCCGGAGCUGGCGCUCGUGAAAUUUGACGUCAACAUCGCAAUCAUGGAUGAUAUUGAAAUCCCUCCUCUUCGUUCUUUGGAUGAUUUCAUCAAGGAAUCGGCCAGAUUUUCUGCCCCAGCCCUAGGAAAUCCAACCAGAUGGGCCAAUCGGGUGAUAGAUAAUUUAUUGUACUACCAAUCGAAUUAUUUCCUCACUCUUAUCGUCAUUUUCCUUAUUGUUGGCUGUAUAAACCCUGUUCAGAUGUUAUGGGGCUUAGCCAUCGUGAUCGCAGCAUUCUUCGGAUUUGGUUACUGGUCUGCCAAUAAGAGAGAAGUAAACGAUUUCAAGAAAGCCCAUCCAGUGAUCUGUCUAAUUGCACUCUGCUUGGUGAUCUGGCUUUUCAUGUAUCUCUUUGGAAGUAUUCUCGUUCUCAUCUGGGGCUUGGCUGCACCAGCAGCUGUGAUCUUCAUCCACGCCUCCCUGCGGAUGCGCAACAUGAAGAACAAGAUGAGCAAGAAGCUGGAGUCCCUUGGUCUAAAGAGAACACCCAUGGGCAUCAUCCUCUUUACCAUUGGUCUGGAGGAGCAAGCAAGGUCAUGACUAGAGAAAAUGGGGUUUCAACUGUGCAACCAGAGACUGCUUGAAGGCAACGAGCACACCUUCAGGCAUCGUUUGGAGAGAGGCGAGGAGGUAGAGGGAAGCUGGUACCACGUACCUCACGAAGGAGAGGUAGUCACUCCCCGUCAACAAUCAUUUCGUACAUUGGCGACUUUAGGAAUAAUUAUGAAGACCCUUCUCCCAUCAAGAAAUAAGUCUUCUUCAAGUAAGUCAUCUGAAAAUCGUUCGUCUGGAAGUAAACUUUCGCAAAAUCGUCCACAAUCACUUGCUCCUGUUGAGCUGGCACAAGAAGCAAAAGAAGAUGUUGUUACUAAACAACCAAGAAAAAUAAAGUUUAGCUACAAACCUAAAUUGGAUUAAGAAUCAAUAUAUUACAGAUCAUUGACUCUGGCAAAAGGUUGGUACUGUUAUUGAGUAAUAAAAAAAACCACUUUUACCGGAAGCCAAGAGUAUUUAUGGAUAACUAUUUCAAAGUAUAACAAAACUAUAUAUUAUUCAGGGUUUAUUAAAAUUACACAAUUGGAUGUUCUUUCAAAGAAUGUCAUCUCCCGCUAGAUGUGGCACAACUGAAAUACAAGUUAUUCACAAAAUAUUGUACGGGGUUUUGUACAUUGCCCUUGCAUAUUUGUGAAAAUCAAUUUCAUGGACAAGUAUACAAGCUGUACUUCUUUGUAUUAAAACAAUUGAUGAGUCCAGACAAGUAGUUUUGAUACAGUUUGCAAAUUUUGAACUUUACAAUUUAAUAUUUAUGAUAACAGUAUUUAUACAUGUUUAGCCUAUAAAUAAGCUUAUUAAUAAAUGCAAUGUGUCAGGACUGUUUGUUGUGAAUGGGAAUUAUUAUUUUUUAUUUGUAACAAGUAUCAUAUACAUGUAGUUGUUAUUCCUACUAAUAAUGGAUUCAUUAUAAUUUUAUAACUUAACUAAGAAUGGGAUAUAUCUUUAGUAGUUUAGUCUAAUGGGAAACAUGCUUAUGGUCACAGAUAUAUGUAGUGAAUGGUAUUAGGUGGUCAGGUGAAGAAUAUAGAGGGAAAUGUAUGAAGAAAGACACAGCCAAAGUAAAAAGAAAGAAAUAGUGCAUAUAUAUUGUUUUCAUGGUGUUCCUUCUUCACUUCAACUCAUAUGGACAGUAAUAGUAAUUGCAUACUUGCCAAGAAUGUAUCAAUACAUCCUAAAAAACUAAAUCAUUAAGAAGUAUUGUCUAUGUAUAAACAGUAGAGAAAAAAAUUUCAAUAUCUUUCAUUUUCUUUGAAUCUCCACAUUUCCCCAUUUUGCAAUUUGUGAAUAUGAAGGUAUAUUAACAUGCCAGUGAAUGUUCAUGUAAUAUAUUUGUAUGAUAACAAUGAAUAAUAUAAUGUGUAAUAUAAUGUGCAAAGUAUGUCUAUAACUUUUGGACCAGUACAAUGCCAUGAUGGCUUUCUAUUUUUGUCAAUCUCUGCCUGCAUUGUGCUUGCUUGGCUUGUUAUGAAAUUUCAUGCUUUUGCUGAUCAUGGGUGAAAAUUCAUGUUUUGUAUGCUAUAUUCCAGUUCAAAGAAUAAAUUAGUUGGCAUUCUUAUUUGUUGCAAGUCCUAAUCAGACCACUUACCCGUGUAUAUUGAAUGAAAGUAUUAAAUUUUUCUCUCAUAAACCAAUAAAUUAUCAUUCUCAAAUAGUGAAAAUUUUCCACAUGUUAAAUGCCUGGAUGCAGCCUAUGAAGAUGGUGCAGAAUGCCUAUCAAAAUAAUUGAUUUAAUUCCAAAUACUAGAUGGUCAUUUAUAAAGCAUCUUAAGGCAGACAAUUUCAACUGAAUACCAAAGUUGGCAAAGUGAGUUACAAAUGGAAGUCACUUUAGAAGAAUAUUUUGUAAUUUCUGAUUUGAAUAUUGAAAGUAAAGUGAUAUGACUAUCUUCAAUUGUGUUACAGUAUGUGAGCACUGAUAACCAUAAAAAUAAAAGUUAUAAAUGUAAGGAUUUUUUUUGUAUGUUAUAAUCAAUUCAUCGCUAAGUAUAUUUGAUGAAUAUGAUGAUGCAAAAUGAAUAACUGCUUUGUUUUUCAGCUUGUGAAAUGAAAAAAUAAUAUGAAUUUAUUGUGGAAUUAGAGAUGACAAGACAUGCAUGCAUCUAGAUGUGUGUUAUUGUUAUAUGUAAUUAAUAUUAAGAACAAGUUUUUAAGUUUAGAAACACCCAACCAAAUAAAGGUGAAAAUGAUUAGAUAUAUUCAUACAUUUUACCAACAAGAAAGAGAAAAUGACCAAAGAAUUACCAAAGGAAUACAAAAUACCCUUGCAACAUUUUUUAUUUUGCCAUUAAUGUGUUUAUGUAUAUCUUUCAAUAGCUCACAAAUCUGAAACGUAAUAUCUUUCUAUUUCAGUAAUGUGAUACAUGUAUGUAGGGUGAUAAUGUAAUAAGUUUAGUUGACAUAAUGCUCUCAUUCGACUUCUGAAAUAAUUUUACUGUUAGACGUAUCUCCAUUAUAAAGGCACCCAUUACAAAGCUAUUAUUGAAAACAAGUAUUAAUGACAUUUUUUGUUUAAUCCCCCCCCCAAAAAAAAAAAAAAAAUGUAAAAAGCACAUUCUUACCAAAUUUAUAUUAUAUGUUUCCCACUAUAACUUCUCUUUAAGAGGCAAUCAUUGAAUUUUAAUAAUCGCCACAUGAUCUACAUGUAUAUACAUAUGGGAUUUGUAAAUUCAAUAAUACACAAAGCAUAUUUGUAAAAAUGAAUACAAUAAUAUAAUAAUAAUAAUAGCUGGAUUUAUAAAGCGCUUUUUGCCAGAGGAUACAAAGCGCUGCUAUAAUUACCCCGGCUUUAGCUCGAUAGUCGAUAGUCAAUAGUCAAGUCAAAUGAUAAUCACUAAUAUUAGUUUAAUAAAACAGGUUUUAAUUGUA